AUGGGAUCGAGAGGUGACUCAGAAGAUCACACGUUUGAUCCGAACUACGUCCUACCAGACAAUAUUGACUUGGAAACUCAAAAUCUCAUAACUAGGAAUGUCGCAGAAGAAACAAUCGUUGAUCGGUUCGUUGAAGAUGAUGUAGUUUCCAUUCCUGGAAAGAAAGGAAGCAAAAGAAAGCUUAUCAGUCUUGUAGAUGAAACUGAUUAUUCUGAUGUUGAGAUCACUCCAUCAACCCAAAAAACCAAGCCUCGCAGAAAGACUUCUUUUGGAACAGCCUCGAGGAAACCGAUGUUGCAAUCCACUAUAGAUGGUGGUAUUGGCUCAUCCUCACAAGCGCUUAGAAAGUCUGUUCCUAUGAAGUCUGUCAUUCGUGGAGGGAGAAGAAAGACCACACAAGACACUCUCUCUUUGUUUCUCACUUGCGCUACAACUGAAAUACAAGCACACACACUUGACUUCUCUUCUCCUUUGACUUCUUGUUGA